AUGUUAAGAAAUGAACAAAAUUUAACUCGUGAAGAUCAAGAUAAAGGAAAAGAAUUAUAUUCACUUUUAGUUCAACAUGAAAUUAUUCAAGGAGAUACAAUAAGAAAAAGAUUUCGAAAUAAUUCACAAGAACGAGAUAAAAUAGAAAAGAUAAUUCGAAAUGAUCUUGAUCCUUCGAUUACCGAUCCAUUAAUUAGUUUAUUAAAUAAAUUAUGGCAAAUUUUAAAUAUAAAUAGAAUAGAAAAAGAAUUACCACAGAUAUAUGAAAAUGUUUGGAAAGAUUUAGAAGAUAAAAUAGAUCCACAACAAUCUGAUGAACUUGCCAAAUAUAAAUAUGGAGAUAUUAAAAGAAAUAUUGAAAGAAUUUUAAAUAAAAUUUUAAAAAAUACUCAAUUUGAAAAUGAUAAAGAAUUAAUUUUGUCUUUACAAGGAGAUAUUCGUUUAUUUAAAAAAGGUUUAAAAGCUAAUUUAAAAGAUUUUAUAGAUCUUCAAGAUCAAGAAAAUGUUCCAAAAGAUAAAUCUUGGUGGGAUUGGAAUGGUUUUGCCGUUGCAAUGAUAGGACUUGUUCAAGUCAUUGCCGAAGCUGUUUUAGUAGCCUUUGGUUUGACUCAGAUAGGCAAUGCUUUAAUAUCAGGUAUUUUUAGUUGGAAAGAAUGGGCAAUACAAAAAGCAAUUAGCUUCGGUCUCUCUAUGUUGACUGCUGGAAUUGGAAAGUUUUUGACGGAUAAAAUUAUGGAACAGAUUCAAGAAAAUGUUUAUACAAAAGAUUUAGCAACUCUUUAUCUUCAAAAAAAAACAUUAGGAAAAGAUAUUUUAUUACUUCAACAAUUUGAUAAUAUUCGAACAUGA